AUGGUUCUAACCAAGAUGAAACAGAUUACUGAGACCUACAUUGGAUCAGAGGUGGAGAAGGCUGUUGUAAUCGUCCCGGCCUAUUUCAAUUAUGCUCAGCGUCAGGCCACAUUGGAUGCUGGAAAAAUUGCAGGAAUUGAUAUCAUACGUAUCAUUAAUGAACCAACAGCUGCUGCCAUUGCAAACGGACUUGAUAAUAUUUCCGGCGCAACGGGGAAGAGGAAUGUUCUUAUAUUUGACCUUGGUGGAGCUGGUGAUACUCAUCUUGGUGGGGAGGACUUCGACAAUCGAAUGGUGAACCAUUUCAUCGAGGAAUUCAAGAGGAAACACAACAAGGAUAUUAGCGGAAACCCUAAGUCAUUAAGGAGAUUAAGAACCACUUGCGAAAGGGCAAAGAGAACCCUCUCCUCUUCGUCCAUUGCGGUGAUCGAUAUCAAUAAGAAUGCUAUAGAUGAUGUUGUGAUGGUAGGCGGAUCAAGCAGGAUUCCGAGGGUUCAACAAAUAUUGCAAGAUUUGUUAAAUGGAAAGGAGCUCUGCAGAGACAUCAAUCCAUAUGAAGCUGUUGCUUACGGUGCGACAAUUCAAGCCGCAAUCUUGAGUGGUCAAGGCAGUGACAAGAUUCAGGAUCUUGUACUUACAGAGGUCACUCCGUUAUCUCUAGGUUACGAAACCGUGAGAGAAGUAAUGAAUUUUGCGAUUCCCAGGAAUUCCGCCAUUCCGACCAAAGUAACAAUAUCAGCUAGUACUAGCACCGAUAACGGUUCUUCUGUGGGAAUUAGAGUGUUUGAAGGUGAGAGAGCAAGAUCAAGCGACAACAAUUUGCUGGGCAACAGCGUGCUCAGUGGCAUUCAAAUCGCCCCAAGGGGAGUUCCUAAACUGGAGAUCACCUUUGAUCUACAAGCCAAUGGGAUUCUGGAAGUUUCCGCGCGGGAUAAAGUCACCGGGAGCAAGAAUAAACACCACCAUCAAGAGUGGAAGGUUGUCGAAAAAGGAGAUCGAUGGGAUGAUGAUUGA